CCCAAUCGAGGGCAGCGCUGAGCAGAUCGAGCUAUAGGGCUUUGGAGCGCUUCGCUUUGCACAGUCGAGUGAACUGGUGAGGAACGAUACAGUACACUACCGUAGAAAAAUAGUGGGGGAGACGAGAGUAAACAACCACCUGAGACGCACACAACCAUACCCUUAUACGGCAGCCGAUAGGUUAUCUUUGAGUCGCCUGCAGCGCAGAAAGAGCACUCGUAUUUUGAGAAGAAUUUGGCUACAUACCGCGCAGGAGGAUCAUAUCAAGCAAAGGAGCAGCCGUGAGAGAAGCACGAGAUACGGAGACAUGGCUGCGACAACCUGUACACGAUUCACGGACGAAUUUCAGCUAUAUGAAGAGCUGGGAAAGGGAGCCUUUUCAGUGGUGCGCAGAUGUGUCAAGCUGUGUACUGGACAGGAAUAUGCCGCCAAAAUAAUCAACACCAAAAAGCUAUCUGCAAGAGAUCACCAGAAGCUAGAGAGAGAGGCCCGUAUUUGUCGCCUGCUCAAGCACUCCAACAUCGUACCAUGGCGACGGAAGGCUCAGGUUCCUGGGUCUGGCCUCGUUCGUCUUCAUGACAGUAUAUCAGAGGAAGGCUUCCACUAUCUCCUAUUUGACUUGGUGACUGGAGGGGAGCUGUUCGAGGACAUCGUAGCCAGAGAGUACUACAGUGAGGCUGAUGCCAGUCAUUGCAUCCAGCAGAUCCUGGAGGCAGUGCUACACUGCCAUCAAAUGGGCGUGGUGCACCGAGACCUGAAGCCAGAGAACCUGCUCCUGGCCAGCAAAUGCAAGAAUGCUGCCGUCAAGCUGGCUGACUUUGGCCUGGCCAUCGAGGUACAGGGGGAUCAGCAAGCCUGGUUUGGAUUUGCUGGCACACCGGGAUACCUGUCCCCUGAGGUUCUGAGAAAGGAGGCAUAUGGCAAACCUGUGGACAUCUGGGCCUGCGGGGUGAUUCUGUAUAUCCUGCUGGUGGGCUACCCUCCCUUCUGGGACGAGGACCAGCACAAACUGUACCAACAGAUAAAAGCAGGGGCAUACGAUUUUCCCUCCCCAGAGUGGGACACAGUCACUCCAGAGGCUAAGAACCUGAUUAACCAGAUGUUGACCAUCAACCCUGCCAAGAGGAUCACCGCCCAGGAGGCCCUCAAACACCCAUGGGUCUGCCAACGUUCUACAGUGGCAUCCAUGAUGCACAGGCAGGAGACCGUGGAGUGCCUGAAGAAAUUCAACGCCAGGAGGAAACUCAAGGGGGCCGUGCUCACGGCUAUGCUGGUUUCACGGAACUUCUCUGUCGGCUGUCGCUCCACCGCUCCAAUCAGUAUCACUGCCGCUGCGGCAGCUGCAUCCGCGGCAGCGGGCUCCACCACUGGGCUGGUGGAACAAGCAGCCAAAAGUUUGCUCAACAAGAAGGCAGAUGUUAAGGAACGUAGGUCCAGCUCCGCUGCGCGGCACAUGCCCCAGACACCACAGACAAACAGCACCAAAAACAGCAUAGUCACCAGCCCUAAAGGAAACGUCCCUACUCCUGUUCUGGAGCCUCAGACCACUGUUAUCCAUAAUCCAGUGGAUGGGACUAAGGAAUCAUCUGACAGCAGCAACACGGUGGAGGACGAAGAUGUCAAAGGGAAGAGUAUAGACAGUUCAGUAAAGACCGAGUCCCAGCCUGACACCUUUGCCCCACAGCCCCAGGUCUCCUCGCCCGCUGUGUACUCCACCAAGCUGUCAGACCUGUUUGGUGUUGUACGCAAGGCAUCAGGGCCCAUGUCUGACGGGGAAGGGGCCACCAGCACACCUCCACCCCCUCCAGCCAACCCCUCUGUCGUCGCCUCCCCACCCAUGGCUCACACCCCCAUGCAGCUGUCUCGUCUUUCAGACCUAGUGAGCAAUGUUCGCCGGUCGCCUGCCCCAGCCCCUCCCCCCGUCAAACCUGCGCCCCCCGAGGUAGAGGUGGCACCAGCCCCCAGGCCCACCCCCCCCUCAUCACACCCCACCUCCCCUCCCUCCAUGUCCCCCUCCAGCCUCUCCCUCACCUCUCAGACACGCAAACAAGAGAUCAUCAAGAUCACUGAACAGCUGAUCGAGGCUGUCAACAAUGGAGACUUCGAGGCAUACGCUAAGAUCUGUGAUCCUGGCCUGACCUCCUUUGAACCUGAGGCCCUGGGCAACCUGGUGGAGGGAAUGGACUUCCACAGAUUCUACUUUGAGAACCUCCUGUCUAAGAACAGUAAGCCUAUCCACACCACAAUCCUGAAUCCCCACGUCCACCUGAUUGGAGAGGACGCUGCCUGCAUCGCCUACAUCCGCCUCACCCAAUUUGUUGAUGGCCAGGGCCAUCCGCGCUCCAGCCAAUCAGAGGAGACUAGGGUAUGGCACCGCCGGGAGUCCAAGUGGCAGAACGUUCACUUCCACUGCUCGGGUGCGCCUGCCGCGCCACUCCAGUGAGGAGUAGAAUGCCAUAGCCACAUCUAACAAGAGUGCUCUGCUGGAGAGAGAUAGAGGGAGAGCAAGUCCAGUGUCGGGUGGCUCUGAGUCCGCAGCGCCAGACGCCUCCCACACUAGAUACCUAGCAUGCAUCUCUUCUUUACGACUACCUAUCGCCACCCGCCACUGUAUCCACUGACAACCAUCUCAACAACCAACCAACCAUCCGACAACAAUCUAUUGUUUUUUCCAACAACAACCCCCUUCUCCCCCUCAAGCCCAAACUUUGUACAAUUCCCGUUUUGCCCCUUUUCUCCAACCCCAACCCCUCCAACCCAACCACUGCCUCACCUAUGGCCAAUAUUGGGCAGUGAGUACGGAGUGUUUCGAGGGGUAUGAUGGGGGGUGUUGGGGUGUUUUCUUGGCCUCAUUGUGCAUUUUGAUUCUUUGUCUUAUGUCACAUGAUGUUCCCUCUUCUUCCUCUUGUGAAUCUUCACUUGUGUUGCGUAACACUACACAGGAAAUACAGUAUGUAAAGUUUUAAGUAAAAUCUAUUAUUAUUAUGAUUAUUACUAUUACACAAUUGAAAUUGUAUAUGUAAUUUGUAUAAUUCAAAUGAUUGAUGCCAGUGGUUUCUAGAGUUGAAGGAAAUCUUUUGUUUUCUCUAUCUUUUUAAGGAAGCAUGUUGUUUUUCAGUAUUCACAGUGGCUGUUUUCUAUUGUGGCUUUUAAGUGACAAAAUGGUAUUGGUAGUUUUUGUAUAAGCUUCUUGUAUUUAAUCUAUUCUAUUAUACUAGACCAAAGCUCAUGUUUAAGAAAAAUAACUUUUGGGAGAAGGGUGGUGUUAGACGUGGUGUGGAGGAAGCGAGUGUGUGAAUGUUAGAAAUGUGUGUGUGUUUCUGUGUGUGCGUGUGUGUAUGUGUGUGUGGAACCAAGUACAUGGGAGUAUUAGUCCAUAGGUGGCCGGUUUUAGCAACUGGUUUGAAUUUUCAGCUUUGUAACGUGAAUAGCUGGAAAUGGGGUUGGCUUGGUUUGGUGUCUUCCGUCGUCCGGUCACAAUCAACUGUACGAAACGAGAUUCAACAGUAACAGAGGCUUUUAUUGUAUUUCACACUAAUCAUGUUUUUGCCUUUUUUGUGUUUAUUAUUAUUAUUAACAUAUCUCAGAGGAUAGACCUACCUGUUCUCUCUUACUCUCUGGUGUUGGCCGUGGGUGUGUGGGAAGGCUCUGUGAUCCCCAGUGCUCCCGGUGGUUCGAUUAGAUAUUGCGGUACACUGCACUGCACCUCCUGCACUGCACACACUGCAAAUGAGGCCUCUAUAGAAUUUUACAGCCGCUAUAGAAAAAGUGAAUAAACAAUACCAGAGCAGUAUUAUGCUAUAGUGUCCAUACAUAUCAGCUUCACUACUUAUUAUUCAACAUCUUAAAACAGUUUUGCAGUCUCUUUAAAACAGUACAGUACCUAUAACACCUCUGACAUCUCAUCUUUCUGUACAGGGAUGCUUUUUGAACCUUUGGUGAGCAGAGAUGAAGCCUUACACACUUAAAUCCUUACUGCGUCCCAAGGUGCAACUGUCCUUUCUCUCACACGUCAACCUUGAGCCAGUUGCACUCUGAACCUAUAUAAAAUCUGGAAACUACUGAGGUCCUGCGUUGCAUAGAGCCAUGCCUAGGGCUCCAUGCCUGUUUAAUAUGUUUAGUGGGCUUUAAUGGAGAGCUAACAGGGCAGGCUGUUGGAUUGGAGAGAUGUGGGCCUGUGCAGUCUGCGGGUAGCAGGUGUUUUAGUGGUGAGGUCAAGUAAAUGUGUGGGUGUUUACUUUGCGUCCACUUAGUCCCUCUGUCCUGUGGUCUCUAGUUGUUGCUGCUCAUUUCAGAGUGGAAAAUGUGACUGAGGUCUCAGGGUAUCCAGAAGACUGUGUGUAUAAGGGAAUAGCUCCUGUGUUGGUUUUCCACAUGAUGGAGAUUUUAGAGGAGAGGAGAGGAGAGGAGAGGAGAGGAGAGGAGAGGAGAGGAGAGGAGAGGAGGCUUUAUUUCAGCAGUCCUAUCAGUCCUCUACCUUCAGUCCACAACUUACUUUUGUUAUGAUUUUUAUGUAUAUUACAUUUUCACAUUUGUAAUAUCAUCUUCAUUGACUUGUGUUACUAUUGCAUGUUAUUGACUAGUGUUACUACUCAUUGUGUUUUUUUGCCAGUGUGAGAUGGACAGAUGGAUUUACAUGUUUUAGGAAGAGAUGGCUUCACACACCCAUGUAUAUGAAGAAAAAUCAGCUCUGGAGUGUUUGGUAAUGUUGCAGGCCGACUACAUCACAGUCGUUGCAUUUCAUCAACAAAUGGUUUGCGUGUCACAUCGUGGACUGUGCAGUCGGGUAUCCGGUUACUAUAAUAUAUUAUAGGAUGGGGGUUAUCUGAUAUGUUAAAUACCUAUCCAGACGUUGUGAGAUCUGUCAGGUGUCUGCAACAUAUAGUCAGCCAGGAAGUGGAUCGAAGUUUCACAUUUUGGAUCUAAGUGAGUGUUGUUGUUUUUUUGCCAUUCUACCACCAUAGUUGUUAUGCCUGCCUGUGAUUGGCUGCCUUUGGAAGUGUCUCAUUAUUAUUGGCCUGACAAUUUUGACCAUCUCAAUGAAUAGUGAGGUGGUCAUCCGGUUGGUUAGUCCUCAGGUUUAUAUUUAUUUUAUUAUUUAUUUAUUUAUUUUAUUGGUCAGUUAUGUGCUUUUUCUUCAAUGUUUUAUUUAGUUUUUCCCUCGAUAUACAGCUCACGUAAAUGUUAAAUUACUCUCUGUGGCAUUGUGAUUUGGGGCGGCAGGUAGCCUAGUGGUUAGAGGUGGGUUGAAUCCCCGAGCUGACAAGGUAAAAAUCUGUCAUUCUGCCCCUGAACAAGGCAGAUAACCCACUGUUCCCCGGUAGGCCGUCAUUGUAAAUAAGAAUUUGUUCUUAACUGACUUGCCUAAAUAAAGGUUGAAUUUUUUUUUAAAUGUAGAGGUCCUCUUCUAAUGUCCCUAGAAGUGUUCCUGAGUGAUUGAGCCAACCAAACAUGUGAACGGACCUCUUCCCCCUCUCCAAACAAAUAAGAAAUAGCAGCAUGUACAAAGCAGCAUGUAUUAGCUAUUAACUAGCAUCUUAGCUGGCAUUUCUUUGCAUGAUAGUCAACAGGACACUAGUUUUGGUGUUAACCCUGAUUUGUCUUCUAAUUUUUCAUUUUCUACUGAACGCUGGUGUACUAAACCUUCUCAAUCUAUUUUCUGAGCUUUUGAAGUGCAUAAAACUAUUUUUGUCUCGACGACAUAACGAAGAUAGACGAGAGGCUGACUUUGAUAUUGAUGAUUAUGACAAGGAGGAUGAUGAUGAUGAACAUGUAAUGAUGAUUCUAUAGCAUGCUUUUAUAUGGAGCUCAGUGUUGUCAAUCCAGAGUGGCUUACUUCUAUACAUACAGCAGAGAGAGGAUCACCUCAAACCAUAAGCAUUUCCAGUGACUCCUGCUCAACUGAACUUGCAUGUGGGACUUGGGGGGGAAAUCCUAACUUCCACUUAAGUACAUUUUUAACAUAGUAUUGCAUUUGAUGUCACUGGUACUGUAGACUAAGUGGACAUGUUACUUACAGGGAAUGCAUAAUCUCAAACAGCAACAAUCAAAUAUAGUAGAACAUGGAGUAGGCCUAGAUAGGCUCAAAGAUGCUCUCUGGUGGUUAAAAUGAGCAUUAAAGGCAUGCACUGCGACGUACUGAAUCCUAGCCACAGCAUACUGCACAAUAUACACACUGGACUAUGUUUCGUUGAGUUAAUUUUGGAAACGUUUUAAACAAUAGGAAUACAAAGUGCAUCCAUCCAGUGACUAGACCACCUGUACUGAAAACACUGAGCUAGUAUCUCUGUAGUAUUUAUUUAACUCUUUUCCUAGUUCCUCUGUUUAAAAAAACUUUAUUCAAUAAUUUCUCUGCAGUUGGGUCUUAGUUUUGUUUUUGUCAGUUUGGGUUUCUUCUGUAGAAUACAUUUAUCCUAUAUUUCUCUGAUUCUUCUGAUUAUUGUGCUACCCCAAUGUGCUACAUGUGUUUCACAAACUUAAGGAAAUGUGUUAAGGUGUUAUCAAUAAAAUGACAAUUUAAAUAAAAAUAAGUUAAUGAUCAUCUUAAUGAUCAGACAUCC